UACAAUUCGCGCCUAACGGCUUAGCCAGAAAUGCCACCCGCAGUCGGGCCCCGGGCCGGAAACCUCCCCGACGCGGGGCCGCGUGCAGGGGAAGGGGCGGGCGCAGGCUGCGGGGUCGGCACGGAAGAUGCACGCGGGGCUCCUGGGGCUCUCGGCCCUGCUGCAGGCGGCCGAGCAGAGCGCGCGCCUUUACACCGUGGCUUACUACUUCACCACAGGACGGCUUCUGUGGGGGUGGCUGGCCCUUGCUGUCCUCCUGCCCGGGUUCUUGGUCCAGGCCCUGAGCUACCUGUGGUUCCGAGCAGACGGGCAUCCAGGGCAUUGCUCCUUGGUGAUGCUGCACCUCCUACAGCUUGGUGUUUGGAAGCGGCACUGGGACGCUGCACUGACCGCUCUGCAGAAGGAACCAGAGGCUCCCCACCGAGGCUGGCUGCAGCUGCAGGAGGCCGACCUGUCGGCCCUUCGACUCUUGGAGGCCCUGCUGCAGACUGGGCCCCACCUGCUGCUUCAGACAUAUGUUUUUCUAGCCUCAGACUUCACAGAUAUUGUGCCAGGGGUGAGCACCCUGUUCUCCUGGUCCUCACUCUCCUGGGCACUGGUGUCCUACACUCGCUUCAUGGGCUUCAUGAAGCCAGGCCACCUGGCCAUGCCAUGGGCCGCCCUCUUCUGCCAGCAGCUCUGGAGGAUGGGCAUGUUGGGAACCCGCGUGAUGAGUCUGGUUCUGUUCUACAAAGCCUACCACUUUUGGGUUUUUGUGGUUGCAGGUGCCCACUGGCUGGUGAUGACAUUCUGGCUUGUCGCCCAGCAGAGUGACAUCAUCGACAGCACCUGCCACUGGAGGCUGUUCAACCUGCUCGUGGGGGCCGUGUACAUCCUCUGCUACCUCAGCUUCUGGGACAGCCCUUCUAGAAAUAGGAUGGUCACGUUCUACAUGGUCAUGCUGCUGGAGAACACCAUCCUGCUGCUGUUGGCCACCGACUUUCUCCAGGGGGCAUCGUGGACCAGCCUGCAGACCAUAGCUGGGGUCCUGUCUGGGUUUCUGAUUGGCAGUGUCUCACUGGUAAUUUAUUACAGCCUACUGCAUCCAAAAUCCACAGACAUCUGGCAGGGCUGCCUAAGGAAGUCCUGUGGCAUUGCAGGAGGUGAUAAAACAGAGAGAAGAGCUUCUCCCCGGGCCACGGAUCUAGCUGGGAAGAGAACCGAGAGCUCAGGCUCAUGCCAAGGGGCAAGUUAUGAACUAACCAUUUUAGGGAAGCCCCCUACCCCUGAGCAGGUCCCCCCAGAGGCCGGGCUGGGGACCCAGGUUGCUGUGGAGGACUCUUUCCUCAGUCAUCACCACUGGCUGUGGGUGAAACUUGCCCUAAAAACAGGAAAUAUGUCUAAGAUCAAUGCCGCCUUUGGAGAUGACAAUCCUGUCUAUUGUCCACCAGCAUGGGGGUUGAGUCAACAGGACGACCUGCAGAGAAAGGCCUUGUCUGCCCAGCGAGAGCUCCCAUCCUCAUCCCGUCACCCCUCAACCUUAGAGAACAGCUCUGCGUUUGAAGGUGUCUCUAAAGCAGAGGCCGACCCAUUGGAAACCUCAAGUUACGUAUCUUUUGCCAGCGAUCAGCAGGAUGAAGCACCUACCCAGAACCCAGCAGCCACGCAGGGGGAAGGCACCCCAAAGGAAGGAGCUGACGCUGUUUCUGGGACACAGGGGAAGGGGACAGGUGGGCAGCAGAGAGGAGGGGAAGGACAGCAGAGUUCCACGUUGUACUUCAGCGCCACUGCAGAAGUGGCCACAUCCUCACAACAAGAAGGCAGCCCAGCUACUCUGCAAACGGCCCACUCUGGAAGGAGGCUGGGAAAGAGCAGCCCUGCCCAGCCUGCAUCGCCCCACCCAGUGGGCUUGGCGCCCUUCCCCGCCACCAUGGCCGACAUUAGCCCCAUCCUAGGCACAGGCCCAUGUAGAGGCUUCUGCCCCAGUGCAGGCUUCCCUGGAAGAACCCUCAGUAUCUCAGAGCUAGAGGAGCCGCUGGAGCCCACAAGGGAGCUAAGUCACCAUGCAGCUGUUGGUGUGUGGAUGUCAUUGCCACAGCUGAGGACUGCCCAUGAGCCCUGCCUCACGUCCACCCCUAAGUCUGAGUCUAUCCAAACAGACUGCAGCUGCAGGGAACAGAUGAAGCAAGAGCCGAGUUUUUUCAUCUGACCACAGUCAUGGUGGGAUAAGACAACAGGCUGACAAACCAAGCUGGCCAUUUGGUACAGUGAGAAAGGAAAUCCCACUUCUGACACCUGUGUCCUUGGGCACAUCACUGUCACCUCUGAAUCUCCAUCUGCAUCCCUGAAAAAUGAGGAAACAGGGCUGGAUGAUUUUGCAGGUCCAGUGUAAACAUCACAGACCCCAUCCAUGCAUAGGAGAGACUCUAACACACUUUAGAGGAGGAGAAAGAGAUUCCAGUCAAAAUUGUCUGCUACCUUUUAUGAGCUGUAGGUUCCCUUAUUUUAUCUUUUUGCUGUGGCUUCUAGGAAACACAAAGGUAAAACCCAGAUUCCUAUUUUAUUUGAGGUUCUUGUUACAAUUAGCUUUGCCUCACACUUAGCGGUUAUGAAUCUCAUUUUAAUAUAUUCUAACUGUAUUAUGUUAUGAAAUCUCUUGGUAAGAUAAUUUGCCUGCUUUCUGGGAGUAGAUAAGGCCUGUGUGCUUGUAAUAACUAACAUAACUGAAAGUGCAAAUGUCAUUCUAAGAUUCCCAUAUCUUUUGGUUAGGGGACAAUAUUAGAGCUUUUAAAAAGGAAGGGUAGACUCACUUAGCUCAGCCUCACCCAUGCUAAGGGCAUA